AUGAAAAUGGAGGAAGUCGUGGGGCACAAGCUAAGGAAGAAUAACUUCAUAAUCCUGCAUGUUGCUGGUGGCUCCCAUGUUGGACAGCACGGGCCUAGAGAUUUUAAAUUACUUGCCCAGACUCGCCCAGGAAGCUCGUGGUGGGAUCCGAGCUAUAGUUUGGGACUUUUCCUUCCUAUCCAACAAGUCCCUCAUGGAAGUUUAGAAGCUUCUCCUUUGGUGCCCAGCUGUCUAUCCAUACUUAUAACAUCUUGUCAGGUGUUCCAGCCUGCUCCUGAACAUCAGCCAGAACCCACUUCUGCUCUAUUUUGUCCAGAUCCCUGCCUUCUCUCUGCUCCUCCUGUCCAUGUCUCUCCCUCCACUUUUCCCCUUCUCCCCUCCUCCUCCCAUCUUCUCCGUCCCUCGCUUCCCCACCUUCUCUUGCAGAACCCAGAGAGGAUCGCUGGCCCUCCUGCGCAUGCGCAGACUGUGCCAGCUCGACCGAGGGUUGGAAGCUGCAACUCCGAGCAGGGGAACGGCCCCAAAGGCUUCUCAGCUCUUUCGCCCGGUAGGACUUUGGCUCCUGCCCUGGCGCCCCGGCCACAGCUGUCCAGGGCCAAGUGUGCAACUGCCGCCUCUCGCCCCAGCCGGGCUCCCCUCAGUCCGCGGCUGGCGUCCCCUUCCCAUCUCCCGCCCGCCAGUCCUCUCCCGCCCGCGAGUCCUCUCCUCCCGUGCUGCCUCUCCUCGGGCGCCGGCCCGUCCCCGCCCCUGGGCGGGCUUUGUCCCGGGCGGGCGGGUUCUGCGGACCCGGACGGGGGCGGGCGGCUGGGGCUGGGGCUGGCCUCCGAGCGGGGCUACAGCCCGCGUCCCCCCCCCCCGCUUUCCCUGCCCCGCGACCCCGGGGCUGCCCUACUCUCCCUUUCCCGCUCCCUGGGGACCAGCUCAGUGGUGUGGGCGCUGCUCCCCGGGCUGAGAGCCUCCGGCUGUGAACCCCAGCUUCUCCUGGUGGAGUCGGGAAAAGGGAGCGUCAGUGCUGAGCGAGCUUCCGUCUCCUCCCUCAGUGUUUCUGCCCCAGAUAAGUACCUUGAACACUUUCACGUGUUUUGAUGGCGGUGCUUGAUGAUGUCACUGUUUUUAUAGUGAGAGGGAUUACAGUGUUGAAAGCAAGGCUUGGUUCAGUUAAAAAUGAGCUGAAGGCAUGAGGCUGUGACAUCCUCCAUCCUUCCCUCUCCCAGGGUGAAACGUGUGGCCGUCGAUCUUAAAAAGAUAGUUACAGUCCCUAACUAGCCCAGCCCAGCUAGUGUGUGUUAACAGGAACAGCACCACCAGAGGCGUUGGAGACUCAGGGACUUUGCAGUCCUAAAGAGCUCCUGGCAAAAUUUGGUUUGUUUUGGUUUUUUUGUUCUUCUUAAAUUGUGGGGCAGACUAGUAGUAUAGAGGGAAAAAUAAUUGUCAAGAAAUAUUUUUUCAUUUAACAUCUUUAUUGUGAUAUUGUUCACACACCAUGAAGUCCACCCACUUAAAUGCUACAAUUCAGCAGCUUUAGCAUAUUCACAGUGGUGCAACCAUUAAUAUUCCAGAACGUUUUCAUCACUUCAGAAAGACCAGUGGAAAUGAAUGACCUAUCCACCCCUUCCCAGUGCUGGUUCUAAAGAAGUUUCUUGGUUGUUCCUGACCAUAAAUUAUCUUGUUACCCAUAAAAAUCUGAUAGGAAUUCUAAACAGAAUUGUAUUGAAUCUGUCUAUCAAAGCAAGAAGAUGACUUUAUGGCAUAAAUUUCUUCUACCCAUGAAUAUAUCUCGGACCCUAUAUUUUCAUAUUUCCAGAGCCUGGCCCAUGGGAAGUCCUCUUUAAUUGUUGGGUUUGUGAAUGAUGAGAUUCUAUACAUCGUUAGUUGCAACUGAAGCCUUUCACAGAAGAGAAAAGUAAACUCACUGAAGCCAAGUGACUCUCUGAUGGUCAGAAAGAGUGACAGCCAGUGUUGGAGUGAUCCAGUGGACUUGGUGUUUGUAACCAGAAUUCUCCAGCGCCUACAGCUAAGGGGAUCAGAGUAUUCUUUUAUUUUUUCUAAAUGGCGUUGCUUUUAUUUUUACUUAUUUUUUAAAAUUAUUUUUUAUUGAAGUGUAGUCAAUUUAGAAUGUUAGUUUCAGAUGUACAGCAGAGAUUCAGUUAUAAACAUAUGCAUAUGUAUCUACAUAUGUUUAGAUUGUUUUUAGUACAACUCAUUACAAGAAAUUGAACAUA